GCUUCCGGUAAUACUCUUAUCUCUGUAAAACCCUAAAAUGGAGUGGAACCCUGAAACCGCACAAUUUCUCUCCCAAUGCUUCCUUAAUACGCUAUCACCGUUACCGGAGCCUCGCCGUCGAGCUGAAACAGCACUUUCUGAGGCCUCCGAGAGAUCUAACUAUGGUCUCGCCGUGCUUCAUCUUGUAGCUGAGCCUUCUGUUGAUGAGCAGAUCCGUCAAUCUGCUGCUGUUAACUUCAAAAACCACCUCAAGGCUCGUUGGGCUCCAUCACCUCCUAAAGAACCCAAUCUUCCAGCAUUAAACCCCAUUUCCGACCCUGAAAAGGAGCUUAUUAAGAGCUUGAUUGUUUCUCUCAUGCUUAAGUCCUCACCUAAGAUACAAUCUCAGCUCAGUGAAGCGUUGGCUGUGAUUGGAAAGCAUGAUUUCCCAAAAGCUUGGCAAACUUUGUUGCCUGAGCUUGUUGCCAAUCUUGAUACUUUAACACAAGCAAAUGAUUAUGCUUCUGUUAAUGGUGUUUUAGCUACGAUUAAUUCUUUGUUUAAGAAGUUCCGUUAUCAGUUUAAGACCAAUGAGUUGCUUCUUGAUUUGAAAUACUGUCUUGAUAACUUUGCAAAGCCACUUUUGGAAGUGUUUAAAAGAACUGUGAAUUUGAUCGAUCAAGCUGUGGCGUGUGGGGCUGCAAAUGCCGCAACCCUCAAACUCUACAUAGAGUCUCAGAGGUUGUGCUGUAGGAUAUUUUAUUCGUUGAAUUUUCAAGAGUUGCCGGAGUUUUUUGAGGACCAUAUGGAUGAGUGGAUGAUCGAGUUUAAGAAGUAUCUCACUGUGAAGUACCCUGUGCUUGAGGACACUGGGGAUGAUGGUCUUGCUGUUGUUGAUGGACUGCGUGCUGCAGUGUGUGAGAAUAUUGGUCUGUAUAUGGAGAAGGAGGAAGAACUGUUUCAGAAGUAUCUAAGCGGGUUUGUGGAGGCUGUAUGGAGUCUUCUUGUGGCUUCAUCUGCAUCUUCUAGUAGGGAACGACUUACUGUUACUGCAAUCAAGUUCUUAACCACUGUUAGUACUAGCGUGCAUCAUAUUUUGUUUGAAAGAGAUGACAUUCUGGAGCAGAUUUGUCAGAGUAUUGUUAUUCCCAAUGUCAUGCUGAGAGACGAGGAUGAAGAGUUGUUUGAAAUGAACUAUAUUGAGUUUAUUAGACGGGAUAUGGAAGGGAGUGAUCUUGACACAAGGAGGAGGAUCGCAUGUGAACUGCUCAAGGGCAUUGGUAUGCAUUACAAAGACAAGGUCACAGCGAAGGUUUCCCUUCAGAUAAAAAGUUGUUUGGGCUUGUUUUCCCAGAAUCCAGACGCAAAUUGGAAAUAUAAGGAUUGCGCUAUCUAUUUGGUUGUCUCCCUUGCCACUAAGAAGGCAGGUGGUAGUUCAGUAUCAACUGAUCUUGUAGAUGUUGAAAACUUUUUCGGGUCAGUUAUUGUACCAGAGUUGCAAAGUAGGGAUGUGAAUGCCUUUCCAAUGUUGAAGGCAGGUGCAUUGAAGUUCUUUACUAUGUUCCGAAAUCAGCUGCCAAAGGCUGUUGCAAUGGCAUUACUUCCAGAUGUCGUGCGUUUCCUUGCUUCAGAGUCAAAUGUGGUUCAUUCUUAUGCUGCGAGUUGCAUUGAGAAACUGUUGCUAGUUAAAGAUGAUGGGACACGAGCAAGAUAUACAGCUGCAGAUAUUAGUCCCUUUUUGUUAGUGUUGAUGACUAACCUUUUUAGUGCCCUAGAGAAGCCAGAAUCUGAGGAGAAUCAAUAUAUAAUGAAGUGUAUCAUGCGAGUGCUAGGAGCUGCUGAAAUUUCUCGUGAUGUUGCUUCAGCUUGCAUAACAGGUCUGACAAAUGUUCUCAACAGAGUCUGCGAGAACCCUAAGAAUCCUAUUUUCAAUCAUUAUCUCUUUGAAUCAGUAGCUGUUCUUAUUAGGAGAGCCUGUGAGAGGGAUCCUACUCUUAUAUCUGCUUUUGAAGGGAGCCUUUUCCCUAGCCUCCAGAUGGUCUUAGCUAAGGAUGUGAGUGAAUUCUUUCCUUAUGCAUUUCAGCUGUUGGCUCAGCUUGUUGAAUUGAAUAGACCUCCUGUACCUCAGCACUACGUGCAGAUCUUUGAGAUUCUCCUUUUACCCGAGUCAUGGAAAAAGUCCGCAAAUGUUCCAGCUCUUGUCCGAUUGCUCCAAGCAUUCCUCCGGAAGGCACCCCAUGAGCUUAACCAGCAGGGCAGGCUGUCUAAUGUUCUGGGUAUUUUCAAUACACUGAUUUCAUCUCCCAGCACAGAUGACCAAGGUUUUUAUGUGCUCAACACGGUUAUUGAAAAUCUUGGGUAUGAUGUAUUAUCACCUUUUAUGGGCCACAUUUGGGUUUCACUUUUUAACCGGCUGCAGCAUGGCAGAACAGUGAAGUUUCUGAAGAAUCUUGUUAUAUUUAUGUCUCUAUUCUUGGUCAAGCAUGGGUUACAGAAUCUUGUGGUUUCAAUGAAUGCUGUUCAGAAGGAUGUAUUUCAGACCAUUGUGGAGCAAUUUUGGGUGCCGAACCUCAAGUUAAUCACAGGAUCUGUUGAGCUCAAGCUGACUUCAGUUGCUUCAACAAAACUAAUUUGUGAAUCUUCAACAUUAUUGGAUUCCAAGGUUCGAGGCAAAAUGCUUGACAGUAUUGUUACUCUUCUCUCCAGACCGGAGGAAGAGAGAGUGUUGGAUGAGCCAGACGUUCCAGACUUUGGGGAGACUGUGGGUUAUAAUGCUACUUUCGUUCAUCUUUAUAAUGCUGGGAAGAAAGAAGAGGACCCUUUGAAGGAAGUGAAUGAUCCAAAGCAAUAUUUGGUGGCUUCCUUGGCGAAUCUUGCUGCUCUUUCCCCUGGAACAUAUCCACAGCUUAUUAGAGAAAAUCUUGAGCCAGCAAAUCAAACAGCUCUUCUUCAGCUCUGCAGCUCCUACAAUCUCUCAAUAGCUUAAGAAGAAUCCAUGUGGUGGACCUGUGGUCAAGAAGACUG